UGAGCUGCAUGUGGCACCAGGCUACAAGGCUGGUGCUGAGAGCUUUGCCAGGAGCGGCAACAGCUUUGUGAGGGUUUCUCCAGCAGCAGGGACGUGGAUUCCUCCCCACCCCCACCCCUUUGGGAGAUGAAAGCCUGAGAGAGAUGGACUGACUGAACUGGACACAGAGACAGAGGGAAAUCUGCUAAGCCAGCGACCGUGCCCCAGACUGAGGAGCUCCAGAUGGGGCUGGCUUUGUCUGUGACAUCAGCACUAAGGCAAGGCAUAAAACAGGCAAACAGGGGCUCUUUGGCUCACAGAGUCCAAUCAUCGGAGGAAGGAAGCAGCAUCGCACUUCAGAACUCCUGCUUGACACACAGCUGGGCUCACACCUUGCUAAAUUCCGGCACCAGCCACAAGCCUUGGGGGAGCUGAAGGGAAUGAAACUGCUGGCUGCCUGCUUCAUGUACCUGCUGCUCACCUGUCUGGCCCUGCCCAAAGCCGAAUGCCGAAUCCACGAGCGAUCCAUGGAAAUCAGGAACCCUGAUAUCGACCCUUCCUGGUACACGGGGCGUGGGAUCAGACCCGUGGGACGGUUUGGCCGGAGGAGAGCUGUCGUGGAGAGCUCCCGGAAGUCGGGCUAUGGACACAGGCAAGCUUGCUUCCCUCUAGAAGAAAGCAGUGAAUCCCUUCAAGAUGAAUGAAAUGGCCAAGACAAAGAAUGAAUUUGAAUGAUGAUAAGAAAAGACCCUUCUCCUCUCUCCCUUCCACAUCCCAGCCUCUCUUCUAGGCACAUGAAAAUGUUUGGUCUCAUUUCAAUGUACAGUAUCUUUGUGGCUAUAAAUGAUAGAAACCAAAGAGCAGUUGAUAACUCCACUAUUUUUGCAGACAAUUUCCCUCUUGUCUGUUUUUUCUUUUUCUCUCCCCUGUUCCCCAUUUGUCCCCAUCUCUGGCUUUUGCUCUUAAAUCUAACGUGAUUUGUGCCAGAAAAUUGCUGGGGGAAAGAAAUACAAAUUCCCAUGUUAAUUAUCUUCCUAGAACAUGGGCUCUUUUAUACAAACCAAAAAAAUAAUAAAAAAAAUUGAGAAACCGAGCCCGGCACGUGUCUGCUGUGACUUGAAACGUAUCAGACUUGUCUCAACUCUCCUGGGCACUAGGAUCUUUAGAACCGAGUGGCGUCACUUUCCCCUGAGAUUGCGUCUCU